ACAUAAAAACUAAACCAUUGAAGGUUGAUUAUAUGUACCACAAACCUACCCUUUGAUCCAAUGAUCCGAUGAGAAACAUUGAAUUCGUGAAUUAGGGUUACGAUCAACAACAAAUCGUGUCGAUCAAAACCUGUAACAAGGUUACUUAUUGCAGUUGUUUUGCGACUUUGCGUAGACCGACAAAAUGAUCCUAUAAAUCAAAACCCUACGCACCAACAAAUCCCCCCAAAUUCACAAUCAAUCGAUCACCGUUUCCUCUUAGAACCUCUACCAAUCGAGAUUCUAUAAUCAAUUUAUUCGUAAUCUAUACCUGCUAAAACCCUAGGUUUCCGGUUGCAUAAAUUGUUAGGGUUUUACUUUCUCGCACACGAUGGAUUCGGAAGAUGAUAUGCAUGAUGCCAACGAUGUUGAUUCUUAUGAAGAAGAUUAUUAUAGCGGCGAUGCGAUGUAUAGCGACGAUGAAGAUGAUGCUGAUUAUGAGUUUUUGCAUAAUGAUUCUGAUGAUUCUGAUGAUGUGUUAGUUAGUCGCCAACAGAAGAAUUAUACUAUAUUGAAGGAAGAUGAUAUAAGCGAACGGCAAGAGGAGGAUAUUACUACCAUUUGUUCGGUUCUUUCGAUUUCAAGAGAUUCUGCGUGCAUGCUUUUGCGCCGAUAUAAUUGGAAUGUUAGUAAUGUUCAUGAAGCAUGGUUUGCUAAUGAAGAUAAAGUUCGAAAGGCUGUUGGUCUGUUGGAUAAGACAGAUGUUAAGUUACCAAAAGCUGGAGAGCUGCUUUGUGGGAUCUGCUUUGAAUCGUAUUCGCUUGAUAAGAUUAGCUCCGCUGCUUGUGGCCAUCCUUUUUGUAAUUCAUGCUGGACAGCUUACAUUGGCACAUCUAUCAGUGAUGGUCCUGGAUGUUUGACAUUAAGAUGUCCCAUACCAUCAUGUGGUGCCGCUGUCGGUGUCGACAUGGUCAAUAUGUUGACUUCAGAUGAAGACAAGAAGAAGUAUCGGCGAUACCUUCUCAGAUCAUAUAUUGAGGACAAUAGAAAGACAAAAUGGUGUCCUGCUCCGGGCUGUGACUGUGCGAUCGAGUUUGAUCUCGGAAGUGGAAGCUAUGAUGUAACGUGCCAUUGCUCAUACAGCUUUUGUUGGAAUUGUACAGAAGAAGCUCAUCGCCCAGUGGACUGUGAAACCGUGUCCAAAUGGAUAAUGAAAAACAGCGCAGAGUCUGAAAAUAUGAAUUGGAUAUUAGCUAAUUCUAAGCCUUGUCCAAAGUGUAAACGUCCGAUCGAGAAGAACCAAGGUUGUAUGCACAUGACUUGCAACCCUCCUUGCAAAUACGAGUUUUGCUGGUUGUGUCUCGGUCAAUGGUCAGAUCAUGGAGAGAGAACUGGUGGCUUUUAUGCUUGCAAUCGUUAUGAGUCAGCAAAGCAAGAGGGAGCGUAUGAUGAGUCUGAACGUCGACGAGAGAUGGCAAAGAACUCUCUAGAGCGAUACACUCACUAUUAUGAACGUUGGGCUACAAACCAAUCAUCGAGGCAAAAAGCACUUGCGGAUUUGCAACAGAUGCAGACAGUUCAUCUCGCAAAACUUAGCGAGAAGCAGUGUCAACCCGAGACACAAUUGAAAUUCAUUAUAGAAGCUUGGUUGCAGAUAGUUGAAUGCAGGCGCGUGUUAAAAUGGACUUAUGCAUACGGGUAUUACCUACCUGAGCACGAACAUGCAAAGAGGCAGUUUUUUGAGUACUUACAAGGUGAAGCAGAAGCUGGUUUAGAAAGGCUUCAUCAAUGUGCAGAGAAAGAAUUGUUUACUUACCUCAACGAUGAUUGCUCUCAAGAUGCCUUCAAUAACUUCCGCACAAAGUUGGCUGGUUUGACUAGCGUCACGCGCAACUACUUCGAGAACUUAGUUCGAGCGCUUGAAAAUGGUCUAUCAGACGUCGAUGCACAUGCGGCAUCAAGCAAGACAAGUAGCUCAAAGAAUGCUGCAGGCACAAGCAAGACAAAAGGGACCAAAGGAAAAGGGUCAAGCAAGGUCGGAACCACAAGCCGAACAGAUGAUUCAACCGGAUGGUCAUGUGAUCAGUGCACCUAUAUGAACCCAAGGUCCGCCACUUCGUGCCAGAUGUGUGAACAUGGUCGGUGAAAACUACUUGAUUAUCGCACUUGCAGUUCGCUGAACUACACAACGUAUUACCCCCUUGAGCGAAGAUCAACGGAACAGUUUGUUGCAAACUUGCAAGUGUAAUAUGGGCGCUGGGUGUAUAUAGGCAAUGGCUGGCUGGGUGCAUGGUUUGGUUCGCCAGACUUGGUCAUGUUGUGCUGGUUUGUUUUGUUGACUGGCUGGUGGUGGUUAAAGAUGUAGAUUGAUUGUUCUUUUGAAUUUAAGUUAUGUGGAUGAUUUUGUGUUACUUGAAAUGGGGUUUGUUGUUAAUGUUAUAAUGGAGUUUAUAAUUAUAAUAUUUGCAAAUUUACAACU